AUGCAGACUGAGAAUAAGAAGAAGCGCCGCGCAGGAAAGAAGGAGCAAUUCAAGAGACAACGCAGGCAAGAGCUAGGACUACUGGAUCUGACCAUGGACGACGAACACAUCUUACCGGUCGAGAUGCCUGCUUUCGAGCUUCGCAAAGCCGAAAACAAAGGUCUCGGCUUGUUCGCAAUUCGAAACAUCGAGCCCGGCGAACGUCUCAUACAGGAAGCUCCACUGUUCAUCCUUCCAAAAGUGGACACUAUGAAUGCAGCUAUCGUCGAGAGCUUCAUCAAUUUACGGCCGGAGCAGCGAGUAGCUUACUUGAAGUUGAGCUUCCAUGACACGUGCAGCGCCAACCAAGAGUAUGAGGCUGGCGGGACGUCCGCGGCUGAAGAAGGCACAUGGACUUCGACAAAAGUGGAAGACCCUGGAACUCCAGAUGACGGGAUUGCAGAUCCACCACAGCAGGACGAUCGUCGCAGUUGUGCUUCUGAAAUGCAGCCUCUUCCACCAAAGGUCCUUGACAGCGAUCUCGAGAUUGGAAAGAGCUGCAGGCUUCCCAAUUGGGACGACGGCCGUGGCGAUCAAAGCCCCGAAGAGCAGCACAAGCUCGAGCUGCCAGAGUCCGAAGCCACAUCGUGCUCUCCAGUCCAUGAGUCAAGAGUCGAUUCGCCAGUCCAAGGUAGCGAUGAGACAACCACAAUUUGGAAUGUCGAUGGCUUGAAGGAGGCUCUUGUACCCGACUCCAGUGAUGAGGAACAUCAAGAACAAGAUUCGGAAAAAUGCAAGAUGACCGAUUCGCUGGCAGCCCGGAUCAUCAACAUUUGGCGCACAAACUCAUACAUGCUCGACGACGGCAUUGAUCUCGACUAUGCAGGCAUUGGACCGAUUGCAGCACGCCUCAAUCACUCAUGUAUCCCGAACGUUUACACUGCAUACAACAGCACAUCCGGAUACAUUACUGUACAAGCCAUACAGCCAAUUGUCGCCGGAGAUGAGCUGUGCACUGCCUAUAUCAAUGGGGCAGACAAGUUGCGCUCCGAGCGACGCGCUCAGCUGUGCAUGUGGGGGUUUGAAUGCACAUGCAUUGCUUGCGCCGACGGCUACGACGAGUCUCGCCGCCGGGAGAUCAAAUCGUUGCAGGCCAAGGUCGAAGAAGUCAAGGAGAAGUUGUUGAAAAAUGACAUAGCCGUUCCUGCUGCACAGCUCGAGCAAACAGUUGGCGAUCUGCUUGAUUUGGCCACUUUGAUGAGCGACGAAGGCCUACUUGGUCCGAACCUGGCUGACAUCUGUUUUGGCGCAGCCAGAUGCUGCAACUUGAUCAAUCGCCCGGAAGAAGCUGGCGCACUCCAGUCGUCUGGUUUUGGAAUCCUGCUACGCGGCUAUGGCAUUGACAACCCAAUCUGCUUCGCUGCCUUGCAGGCCGGCGACUUGGACGAAGCUUGA